CUGCUCCUCCCCAGCCCGCCCCGGAUCACGGCCCCGGGGGCGGGGCGACCCGCCCCGCCUCACCUCACCGGACGGCAGCGGCGGCGGGGAGAGCCCGCCGUGCCGGCGCAGGGGCGGGCCGCCGGCGUAGGCCGCGGCGGAGGUAGGGCUCGGUGGCCGCCGGCGGGAGCGGGGCGGUUGCGGCCCGGGCCCUGCUGCGGCCCAGCGGUGUGGGCCCGGCCCGGCCGCCGGCUGCUCCGCGGCCCCGGCAGGCCAGGCGGUGUGGCGGCGGGGCCGAGGGCGGCGGGUGGAGCCAUCUGCCUCAGGGACCGGCCGGCCCGUUUGCAGCGCGUUUUGCGGGAGCCGCGUUUUAACCCGCCUUUCCUUCGUGUUGUCAGGAGCUGGCUGAAGGCGCCCGGGGAGCGUGUGGGAGAGGAAGCGCCAGGAGAGGGGGUGCUGGCGGAGGCAAGCGUGCGCGGUGUUCCCCCGCUUCUCCCUUCCGCAGGAAGCGCGGGGGUCGUGACGCUGGUGCGAGGUAGGGUGGCAAAACACAAAAGAACCUCAGGAUGUCUGUAAUUCCACAAGGGACAGCAACGCUUCGUAAAGCAAAGAAAAUCACUGUAAAAACGUGUCUAGAUAACCCCUUUGUUUUUCAGUGGAAAACCAUAGAUGGAGAAGAUAUGCAUUUUAUACUACAGACCUUAGAAGAAAAGAUUAAACGUAUUGGACUUAAAAAGAUUGAGACUCCGAGAAAGAAAAAACGUUCCCUUACAAAAAAACAAAUGAAAAUAAAGGGUGAUGCUAGCACCAAUGAACUCCCUAAAGAAGAGGAAACAGAACGCCAUCAACAAAAACCAGGAUGGACUGACAUAAGUAUCAGAAGACAGCUUGCUAUAGGAGUUAAUGAAGUUACAAAAGCAUUGGAAAAAAAUGAACUACUUCUCUUGCUGGUGUGCAAGUCUGCAAAACCUGCCAUGAUCACAUCGCAUCUUAUUCAGCUGAGUGCAAGUCGAGCCACACCAGCAGGCCAGGUUCCCCGUCUCAGUGAAACAGUUGCACCACUUCUUGGCUUAACAUCCAUUUUAGCACUAGGCUUUAAAAAGCAAUCUGAUAAAUUUACCGAAGCAAUAGAGGCAAUAAUUCCAAAGAUACCAGCUUUGGAAGUGCCAUGGUUUCAGUACAGAACUGAAGAAUCCGUGGCUUAUGCACAUACAGAUUCUUCAGACAAUCGGGAAGCCGAGCAGCUUGCAGAGGCGCAGGGGGAUGAGCUCACAAGCCAGAAGCGGAAGCGUAUGGAAGGCAAUCAGCUUGAUCUUUCAAAUGUAAUUUUGCAGCCUUUGAAAAUCAAGAAACUUGUUCCAAAUCCAGAUAAGAUAAAGAAGCCACCUCGCAAAAAGAAAAAAGCUUUUUCAGCAUAACUGAUUUUAGCUUGGUUCUUCGUGUUAAACUGUUUUUUUUUUGUUUUUUUUUUUUUUUUUUUAAUGCAGCAUGGAGUACAGCUCUAACUGAAUUAUUUUGUUAGGCUUUACAGAGUAAAGUGCUUGAAUACAAGGUGAACUUCAUGUUGUAUUCAGUUGAGGUACUUUUCUGCUUUAAUAAAGAAUAUUGCUCAAA